AUAAAUAAUAAAAGAUAGCCAUUUAUGCAAAUAAAUGAUGUGGCAAUGGGAACUACGAUAAAAAAAUCUCAGUAAUGACAUAAAUUGAUAAAUGUUUUUUAGGAUAGUGUUGAGUGAGUGAAUGGUUGAAUAAUAAAUAAAUAUAUCAAUAAAAAUGAUGCAAUUCAUGUUAUUAUUUAGUAGGCAAGGUAAACUUCGUUUACAAAAAUGGUUUGUCGCACAUCCAGACAAAGUGAAGAAGAAAAUAACACGAGAAUUGAUUACAAUGAUAUUAGGUAGAAAACCUAAAAUGUCUAGUUUUAUUGAAUGGAAGGACUUAAAAAUAGUUUAUAAAAGAUAUGCAAGUUUAUAUUUCUGUUGUGCAAUCGAUGAAAAUGAUAAUGAAUUAUUAACAUUAGAAAUAAUACAUCGUUAUGUUGAAUUAUUGGAUAAAUAUUUUGGAAGCGUAUGUGAAUUAGAUAUAAUAUUUAAUUUUGAAAAAGCAUAUUUUAUAUUAGAUGAAUUAAUGUUGGGUGGUGAAAUUCAAGAAACAAGUAAAAAAAAUGUUUUAAAAGCGAUCGCUGCACAAGAUUUAUUGCAAGAGGAUGAAGCGGUGGAAGGAGCGCUACGUGAAAUAGGAAGAAACUCCUCAAGGAUUUUUUGAGGAUCAUGGACUUGGAUAGAUUAAUUAUUAUUCAUUUUAUAUUACUUAUUAAUAUUUAUUUAGGUGGAUACAUCAUUACAUUACAUUAGAAAGGAUACAGUGGCUGCACAACGGUUAAAAUAACAAAAUUAAUUAAUUAUUUAUUUAAUUCAAAGUAUGUAUUCAAUACUGCUUAAUAAGUUAAUUAAUUAAUUUGA